UGGUUAGAAAAUUCUCCAUCAGCCAUUACUCUCGGUGUGCAGCUACAGUCCGCAGCGCAGUCGAGUCGUUCGUCCGUACAGUUUAGGUUCUCCCCUCCUUGUAACAGGUUCAGCAAAAAGGAAGGUGUUUCCGAACGGUGGAAAAAUUUCUGCGCCUUUGCGUGAGUGCGUGAUUCUACCGGGCUGUUUUUUGUUGUUGUUGUUGUAAUCUGUGCCCCCCCAGUGCUAUCGAGUGUUUUCGUGUGUGUGUGAGUGCGAGUGUGUGUAUGUGUUUGCGUGUAGGUGUAAGCAUAUUGGUGUGUGUGUUUUAGUGUGUUGCGGGCCUUCCCGUCAGUUCCCUUCGAGGCUCUCUCACAGUAAUCCCACAACGGGCGAUCCUUAGGCCAGCUGUUCUGGAACGAGCUAUCGAAGGAGUCGUCGUCGCGCAAAAGGGAAAAUGUGUGGCCCACUGAAUCGUACCCUGGUGUACACCCAUUUCGGUGUCUGAUUGACGAUUUUGGAGCAAGCGGCCCACCGACCGACCGACCGACCAAUCGACCGAACCGACAGUCACCCGAGAGUACCGCAGAAAAAUCGAUACGGAUCCGAAGUGUGAACCGUGUCCAAUCGCCGACCGGCCAGGAAACGCGGUCUCGUACAAAGGUGAAUUCGAUCGUCCAGCAGUACCAGCAGCAGUCCACGCCGAUUAGCCGUGUUGGGAAGUACAUGCUAGCAAAGUAAAUUAGACGACGACGACGGUUGGGACAGGUCGACAGGCCCAAAGUGAGGUGAAACGGAAGUGAAGGGUAUUGCGCGCACGUGUGUGCUCUCUCUCCCUUUCUCUCGUCCUACAUUCUUGUCCUCUCACUAACGUUCGCCCGGUGGAAAGAAGUCUCAUUUCCCGGCUUUUCCACGUUCCGUUUGUUUACCGCUAUCCGCUACGUGCUAGCACCGUUGGGUUGCCCGGCAGGGACCAACGUACAUUUUAAUACUCCUUCAGUGUGUCUACGGUCAUCCAGCAAACACCCGGCUUCAUGAUCGGCUCAUUUUGGAACCUUUGUAGAGCGUGCCCAUCAAUGCCUGUAGAUAAGCUCCAUUCGGAAUAUAGAAGUACGUAUCGAUGGCACGAAUAUACCGGAGGUCCUGAUGUCGUAAGAAAACCACCUGUGCCAAAUCAAUUCGCAGCCAGCUCGAAGGCGGAUCACUUUUUCUCGAAAUCAACGGAGGAUGAAAAGUUUAUCGAAGCCUCGAUCAACGAGCCGCCCUUGCCGAGAAGGAAAAAGUGCCCCGAGCUAGCGUACCGGACGAACGAGUUCUUGGCCGCACGGGGUAAAAAUGAAACCAUCGGGCACGAUCGUACCGAUGCUGGAGCAACGACUCACACUAGAGCAAGGUCUGAAGAGCGUGGAACGCCGUCGCGCCGCAGUAAAUCGGAAGGACCGCCGGCUGGUGUCGCUAACGGAAGGCUUCCGACCGGGACCGGAUAUGCGAACGGAACGAUCGAGCCGGUUUCGCACUCGGGCAGGGCACUGGAACAGGCGGGUGAGUCUUCUUCUAGUGGACUAUUCAAAAAAACCAUUACCAAACUGAGCACGGAGUACCGGCUCCAGUUCGUGUGGCCACACGUGCGGCGCGCGAUCAGGGGCGGCCCCGGGGCUGGUGCGCACGGCGCUGGAGGCGACGGUGACGGUGCGGACACUAUCGAUGCACCCCCGCGCAAGUCCCUCUCCAUGGGCGCACUGAAGGCGGCCCAGAUCGGAGCCGCCGGAGGCGGCACCAUCGCUUCCGUACACAAAAAACGAACGACUAACGAGCGAGAAGCCACGGCCACGGAGCUUGAACCACUGGUCAACGAUUGCGAGACGUCGAUGGAAAAGUCGCAGCAACCGAAUGAAAAACGGGGAGAGAUGGCUCGUGUGGUGGAGCAGAAACUAAAGGCACUACGCGUGGAGAAGGAAAAGUUUGGUUUCGAACCGGAAGCAGGUGAUGGGUCACGGGCACAGGCAAGCUCUGGCAUCGAUAAUGCCUGGUACAAGGAGGUACUGGAGCUUCGGAAGAAAGCUGGCGAAUACCGGAACCGAGGCUGGGGAGUGGAAAUGAAUCCGGAUCUCUUUAACAAGCAGGUUGAACUGUGGGACCAAGUGUCCCGUCGCAGUUCGCUGAGUGCGCUUUCGUUGGCAUCAAGCGUACGGCCAAUUACGAAAGAGGAAAAGGAGAAGGAAAACAACAAGAAGAGCUCUCCAACCAAACCGUUCGCUCGUGGAGCACGGGUUCCGGGUAGUGCACGGCCGGUCGAACUCAGCAAGGCAGCACUGCCAGAUGGGUUGAACUUCUCUGCUGCAGCCCGCAGCCGCAAGGAUGCGAUUCGCCAUCAUCUGGAGCGCACGACUGGUCCGGACGUCGAGGAGGGUGCCCUGUUGCCUUCACCGACACGCGAAAAGCUGAUGCCGGCGAUCCCGCGUUCAAAGGCCGACAGCCCGCAGCGUGGUAGCCCGCAGAAGACGGCCCUAUCACGCCACGGCAGUCCACAGAAGGGAAGCCCGCAGAAGAUAAGCCCGAAGAAAAUGUCCGGUAAGGGACGUUCGCAAUCGGUUGGACCGACCGUCGCACCCGAUGGUACCACACCGGUGGUCGCCGGUGGAUCGCCCAAACGGCAGAUCCGUUCGGGCAGUACGGUUGCCGCCUCGACUGCUUCAUCCGCAGCAAAAACGCACAAGAAAACGCCGACCUCGGCCACGGCGCCGACCAUCGCGCAAAACCAGCAGCCGCAGCAACCGGAACGAAGACCACGGCCGACAUCCCUUUCCACCACCACCAAUCACUCCCGCUCGAAGAGCAGCACCCUGCCCGCGAGCCGCCUCCAUCCUCCGCAUACCAGUAAUCUCACGAACCUCACCAACAACAAUCAUCUUCCCAAUGCAUCACCAUCAUCAUCCGCCACCACAAUGGCCGCGUCCAUAAUCGCGCCCACCAACAACAGCACCCCCGCCGUCGCUAGUACCGGCGCCGCUGCCGCCCGCGCCAAGCUCACGCUCGCGACCGGCGGCACCAAGCGAGCGACACCGCAGUCGGCCGGCCGAACGGCCAAACCGCCCACCAGUCUGGCGAGCGACUCCUCUGCCCCUUCGUCGGCGUCAAGCACGCUGAGGAAGAAGCAGAGGGGGGUGGGCGAGGGCGGUGUCGGUAGUACCGGCGGUCGGGGCAGCGCCAGCGCCAGAUCGGUCGAUUCGGACAAAAAAUUACCCAUCGGAAGCGUUGAGGAUGCGGACAAAGAGAGUGCUCCGACUGUGAGUCCAGCAGUAGCUGUGGGUCAGCCGACCGUGGCUCCGCCUCCGGAAAUACUCGAGCAGAUAAUCAAGUCACCACCGGAGCCGACACGCGUCAAGUCACCGGAGCAAAUCAUUAUGCGCUCGCCCGAUCCGGUCAACUGGACUGUACCGUUGGACACGGGCAAAACGUUCACCGUGACGCAGAAUGUGCGGGAGGGUGAUCCAAUGAUUCGUCCGCACAGCGAAAUUAAGGCAUCAACUCCAGUAGAACAACCGCCGCCACCACCACAGUCGGCACCUCCAGAGCUUUCUGAACAAUCGAAAAUGCCUAAUACCAAACUAGAACCGAGCUCGAUUAAGGAAUCGGAAGAUGAAGACGAUGAUUUGCCACGCUCGAAAUCAUCCGUUGCUUCAUCGGUCAACCCAACGUCGAUAGCGAUCUCGGAACCGAUGACCGUUUCGCAUCCACCACCAUCACAACCAUCUGCCGCACCAACUGUCGCUUCGUCCGCUACCGGAGAUCCGAAAGACGAAGCAGCUGUUUCAACUGUAGCCCCACCAGUUCCGGCACCGGAACCGGUACGCUACGAUAAACCCGUGGCCGGUUCGACCCUGCGCUGUCUGGACGAUCCGACGUUCGAGUCGGACAUCAAUUCACCGCUGGGCAAUCGGAACGUUGCCACGGAAGUGCUCGACAAGGCACGCGAUCGGUUCGAUCGUUUCUGGGGCAACCCGAACGAAAAGCCGGAAGAGUCUUAAGGAGUGAACCGGGGAGAGUAUUAGUUUUUCCUUCUGCUUGCUAACACUUCCCGGCAUAGCAUCCAGGCAGAUCAGGGUUAAUAUUGUUUUUGCUGCUGCCGUACUGUGGUGGGCUGGGGGCGUUUGAGUGGCAAUAGCUUCCAAACAGCUGGAAAAAAGGGAAAUCGAUAUGACACGACUGUUAAAUCAAUCGAAGCAAUGAGCAUCGAAAACCACUCAAGAUAAAAACACAACCCGUUGCGCUAGCGUGGCAACACACGUCGAACGGGUGUCGGCAGCAGCAGGGGUGUUGCUUAGGACACAAACAGUGACAGGGUAGUCAGGUACACUAGUAAAAAAAAGAAGCAAAACCAGUAACGUAAAAACCAACCAAACUCACUUAUCAAAACUCUCGGCGUUCUCACGCGCAGCCCGGUGGACUGUUUCUGUGUGUUUAUGUGCUUUUUCGAACCAGUGUACCAGGUACGAGGGAAGUAAGUGUCUCCGUUCCGGGGCUGGUGUUUAGUAUUAGUACGCGCGUACAGGAAGGGCUGCAUAGUAGUAUUGUUAUUUAAUGUUUAGGGUAUAGUGAGCGGUGAACCAAUCCCCGUGUCGGUAUUCCGAUUUAAACGGACGUUCAUUUCAUAGUUUUCAACCACAAUAACAAAUGCUUCGUUUUCGCUUCAUCCAAACCCUUUCGGUUGACGAACCUGCAACGCAUCACGUUCGUCGCGGAAUUUCAUCUCAUCCAUUCGGGCACAUUUAUAUAGGCUAGCUUUCGAAUCUUAUAACCACUGGCACACAGUAAGUCACAUGCACUCACUCACUCAGUCUCUCUCAGGGAAGCCGUAAGAGUACGUUUAAGCAGCGUGUUCAAGAGGUUUCUCGUUCGAACGAAGUACACAGCUUGAGCCGCGACGCGAUAUUUCGGCAAGGCAGAAGGUAAGAUGCUGCAGCUCCAUAUAGUUUCGCAGCAGCUAGUUUGGCAGACAGAUCUGUGCGAGAGCGAAAGGGGAGAUUGGAAGUUUGGUUAAAACAAAUUGCAGCUUGCGAACGCGGCAUGAGUCAACAUCUACUUGAGCCGCCCGGUAACAAAUAAUGGUAGCGGAAAAUCCCUCUUCAAUUUAAUUGCAAACCCAGCACGGUAAACAUUGGCUUACAAGUGUUUACAACGAGGUCGGUGUAACGGGUUCGAUAAAACAAACAUAAUGCAGUAAUUUGGCUUGAGUUUUCUACGCUGCUGCUACUUUCGUCCACAGACACACACACACGUUCCAUAUAUGAUACACAAGAACAGGACAGGAUAGGAAGGUACAAAGGUAAAAUCUAGCAAACCGAAAACCGAAAACGCCACACCACAGCAAAACACCAUUAGCUAGGUGACCUGAGCUGUUGCACCUCAGAGUCGACCGUUUGAGUCCGAACGUAACAAAUCAUCAUCCGUCUGCAGUUUACGAAGUCAAAGAGAAUCAUUCGUAGUUGUUUGGUUAUAUUUUUGGCCGUGCUUUGUCGUGCCGCUGAUUUUUUUUUGCUAGAUCGUGGCAGUUUGCCUAGACGACAACUGUCCUUGUAGGCCGUUUGGUAGCCAUACCACUUUGACGGGUUGGCAAGCAAUAUAGCAGAACAAGCCACAAUUGCUCAGUCAUACUAUAACGUGCCACAGUGCAUAGUAUAUUGGCGUACGUUCCCGUCGGGAUAGCCCGUCCAUAGUUUAUGGUUUGGCUUUUUUGCGUUUUGUCGAUAAAAAUACAGCUCAAUACAUCAAACCAGGUGUAGGUAGGAGGUAGGCGAAAAUGCAUACAAAUUUUUGGAGGUCACAUUUUUCCCGCAGGACACAGCAUGCUACAGCCAGUGAUCUGCUCACCUUGAACCGAUCCGCACCAGAAUCGUUGUAACGAUGAGUACUAAAGCAACCAACAUACCGCGCCAAACGUUUACGGAGUUUUGAUUUCGAAGGCGUUUUUGCAAACCGGGCACACCGAACCCAAAACCGAUAUGCAAGAUGAUUCUCUUUGUAAGCAUUAGUUUGGCAAACAGGCAAAAGAUAAUACAGCGAAGCAAGAAGCAGUCAGCCGCAGUGAGAAGAAGAAGCAGAUGAUAAAACAUGGAAAAUUUCACGUCCGGUUAACACAAAAGGAAGCAAAAACCUCUCCAUACAAACAUGAUAGUACGAUUAGAAGCGAAGGUGUUAGAAGCAUCUAGCAGUAUCUUUACAGGAUACAGGAUGGAUUACACUAUUUUUGCUGCUCCAUUUAAAACAAACCGUACACCAUUUGCAUAACAAACUUUUCAGACUAGUUAAAUUUCAUACCGAAACACGUAUCGCGUAAUGUAAAAGGGGCAAAACACACAUUUCAUCCAUUAUUUAAAGGACUAGCAACAAACGUAAGCAGGAAAAACGGUGGUUAAAAUUAAAUAAAAGUUUGGCUACAUAUUUGGGCGGGCAGAAAAGAGCGUUUGUAUCGAUGCGUACCGCGCUUAAGCUGACUUUUACACCGGAACCGCGUUCGGGACGCGAUAAUGCCCGCGCAUCGGCCAGCAAACACGUAUGGUUUAGUCGACAGUGAAAUUUGCAAUUAUAAUACUUGAACAAUUAAGAAGAAAACAAAAGAAAGAGGAGGAGAGGUGGAAAAAAUCAAUACGAAACAACUUACAGAAAUUGUAUCGCAAAAGCUGCACUAUAUAUGUAAUGUAAGCUCUAUUUAUCCCACUGUUGUUGCUAUGUUGCCUACACUUUGUGUUAUCUGUUUCUACUACUACUACUACUCAUCUACCUGGCGGUCGCUCACUGACGAGCAGGCCAUGGGUUUGAUAGCUUUUACCUAUCUAGUCACCUGAGUUGCGCGAGCUUUUGUACUGGUUGUUGUAAAAGCGUCAAAGGAAUAUGUCUGCGUUAAAGCGUGCUAGAAGAUGCGCCAAACAGCUUUGUUAUUCUACGAACAAACACACACACACACACAUAAACACAUAUACACGAUCGUUAUUGAGUGAAGGAAGAAAACAUUGGAAUGAAGAUAAUAAAAUGAAAAUUUGCACUAACACUAACACAGCGACACAGAAGGCCAACACGCCAACAAACGAAAUUGAAAGUCGUUAGGCAAGGAAAGGACAUAGGAACGAAUGUGAUUUGUGGUGAGAAAUUUAUACGAACAUUUUAUAUGAUUUAUAAAUUUCGAACAUUUUAUAUGAAAUUUAUACGACUCUGGUAUGAGGCCAAGUUCGGUGACGAAAAAGUACUGAUUGAGGCGUUGGUUUUUUUUUGUUUCGAUAUUCGUUAUCAGUUUUUUGCUUUCUUUUUGACAUUGCUUCCAUAGGUCUCGGCAUGGAUUUUCCAUGUGUAAAAGGGGAGGUGUACUGCAAUGUAACGAACGAAUGAUAAUGAUCAACAUAAUAUUGAUUACAACCAAUACUCUCUUUACGAUGCUUAAUGAUUAGUGACCCGUGACGCGUGGCUCUAGUGCAGAACGACAGGGAGCUGUAGGCAGUGAGCUGUACGUCGUAGAGCGCAGUCUAAAACCGGACCGAGAGUUUCUGAGCAGCGUGUGAAAGGAUACGUCGAUCGGUUUUGCUAGGACGUGCGUAUAGUGUUACCCGUAAGCAGUAUUCACACUGCCUUUUUUGCAACAGCGUGCAGAGAUAGCAAAUAAAGCGCAAUAAACACACUACCACAUUACCACAACACAAGCAAAGCAGCAACACAGCUGAUCACCGGACGGAAAAGGAAGAAAAACAAUGCAACAAACAAAAAAACAUAGCUCUUCUACAGUCCAGCAAAACACAACAUCACAACUGAUAAUAAUCGAAAAAUCGCAUUCAGCCAACUGCACUCCAAACGCAUGCAAACGAACGAAACUAAACGACGAUAAGCAGGAUCAGGAUGGGAAAGUUGAAGCAGAGGGGUAUGGGUCGGGGCAUACGAGUGAGAGGGAGUUUAAGACACGAUUACAAGGGCCCGGCUGGUGCAGCACAUGAAGAAUCAUCCAUUAUUAAAGAGCGACAGAGAAGCCAGAUUGUCACAGCCGAAAACAGGAGUUACGAUUACGUCAAGUCUAGAUUUUAAAAUUCAAUACAAAAUAUUAAAGGAAAAAAUGAACCAUAUAAUGAACAAUGGUUACAAACAAUAA